CCAGCCCUCAGUCAGGGUUGGACCAUCGUCGGGGUUGGUUGUACCGUCAUAAUAAAUAAAUAUAUCACACUUACUAGGUAUACAAUGUCUGCACGUAAACAUUACAACAUUCAGGGAAAAAGAACGGCUUUUAUCAUUCUAUCCUACGGAGAUGCGUAUUAUGGUCACAUACACGUGCAUUAAAUUAUAAGCGAAAGGUUGAUAAAACAAACUUUUUUUCUCAUUCAAAAAUUACCUACUCCUCAUAAAUUUCACAAACUCCGUCAGCUCCUCGAGACAUUUGUGUGAGUCAGAAAUUUCAAUUGAUUGUCGCGUUGAUUGGAUACCAAAAAAUAUAUUUAAUGGAAGAUGAUGAAAAAUUUAAUCUCACGCGACUUAUUUUACUCAAUAGCGUCGGAGAUAUGAAGUAACAAAAAAGUGAGAGAGAUGAUUUUUAGCUUUAGAAGUUCCACGGCCGGCGGAGGGCUGCUGCAUUAAAAUGGGGGCCGAGAUGAAGAGCGUAUGAUGUUGCACCGAAGUACCUCGUCGAGGCGACGCCGGGCGUCGCGUAGCGCCGCAAAUUCACCUCAAGGUAACAACCCCUCGGCGGUUUUACCCACGACGAGAGGACGUCGAGCGUCGGUCGCGGUUGAUAGAACAACGGCUACUACCUCCUUAUCGAGUACCGCAAAUCCACAAGAAAGGUCACCGAGGGGUAGCAUGGUUCCGGAUAUUGCCCUGGACGAUGACGUUGUCCGUGGAACCGACGAGAAAACAUGUCAGAGGAUGCUGCCCGAAAUCGAUUUGGAGAAUUCGUUGCGCGGUAGUUUGCAAUCCGAUCUUCAAAACCGAAGUCCUAGAUGUUCCCUGGUACCGGAUCAGGAAUAUUGCAGAAGUCCCCGGGGGUCUUUGGUUCCUGAAACCAAUCGCAGUCCCAGAAAUAGUCUGACGCCGGAAAUUAACAGAUCCCCGAGGAACAGUCUGGUCCCGGAUGCGGCGAUAAUCAGAAGUCCGAGACAUUCGCUCGUACCGGACGCCGCGUUGAGUCCGAGAAAUUCUCUGGUACCAGCGGACGCUGCACCCGGAUACGGCAGCAGGAGCCAGAGGAACAGUCUCGUCAGAAAUACCUUGCAGGCCACCCACGGCGAGGGUUCGGGAGUGACGAGGAAUUCGUUGAUGCCCGAAGAUUGCAGUCCCGUCACCCGCGGGAUCAGGCAUAAUUCGAUCGCGUGCGACGGAAAUGGAACUUUGAGUCCCAGAGGAAGUUGUGCGAAUAUAUCAAAUGUUACGGAAUUGUACCUGGAUAGAGGUCAACGAGGUUCGGAGAUUUCGAAAACUCCGAGGGGAAGCAUCGCUCCGACACCUACCGAGGUAAACCACAGUCCUAGAGGAUCCAUCGUUGCAGAAUCGAUCAACAGAAGUCCUCGCGGUUCCAUAGCUCCGGAUCCGAGUCGUUCGCCGCGCGGGUCCAUUUCACAAGAUUUACAACUCUCCAAUCGGAGUCCGAGAGGAUCCAUAAAUAUCGCCGGCGCACAUGAAAUCAACAGAUCACCGAGGGGCAGCACCACCGCGGUUGGGGAGGUCGAUAGGAAUCAUAAAAGUGUAUCCGCGGGAUCGGGGGAAGGCGAUAAUCGAAGCCCCAGAGGCAGCGUCGGUGCUCAAGAUGUCGACAGAAGUCCGAGAGGAAGUUUGGGGGGCGCACAGGAUCGCAGAAGUCCCCGAGGAAGUUUCGCUUUUCAGGAACCACGAAGAGCGUCCGCCGAUCAGGGAACUUGGCGAAACAGGAGCACAUCUCCGUACAGACAGCGGGAACGGGAACGAGAUCGCGCUCCCGAUCUCGUUCGCGACAGAGAUCCCAACGCUCCGAACACCGGGACAAGGUACACCGGGAAUUACGGGGCUCAAGUUAAUCUCGGUUACGGUACGAAUGCCUGGGCGGACUCGAGAAGAGCGAGUAGUUCCGUGUCUCAGUUCUCCGGUGACGAAUCCCGACGACUUUGCGGGGGUGUUCCAAGUUUGAUAGAAAAAGGUGGUACCGGUGGCGGAACAUUGGCGGUUGCGACUUACGGUUCACUCGCGUUCCAGUUAAAAGAUGCCCAUCUAGAAGCGAGCGGAACUUGCGAUUUUGUCUCCAGGGCUCUGAGCGUCGUAGGUAAAACAUUGGUGGUCACGGUAUGUCUCGGUUGUCUGACGGCCAUGCCGCUGCUGAUGCUGAUCAUGGGUCUCCAAUUCAUCCGGGAUUGCCCCAGGGAGCCGUAUAUCCCGGUUUAUAUGGUUGUCGGCGGCACACUCGGAGGCGUGCGAAUGUCUUGGGCUCUUUACGCCCAAAUACGUUCGAGGAGACCGGAAGUGUUGAGCGUUCCAGGAACAAGAUCCCACAUGUCACCAACGCGGUUGGCCUCUUUGGCUUUGUCAAUUUUUCUAACCGGAUGGUUCGUUCUUGGAAACAUUUGGAUUCUGAAUAUCAGGUGGCCGGAUUACGCUCCGACAUUGUUCGAGCCGAAUCGUUGGUGCCACAAAACACUUUACAUUUUUUCUUUGGUCCAUCUUUGCAUCGUUUACGCUACCGUCGGUGCAAGUUUGAUCACAGCGGUAGCUUUAGCCAUUUGUCGGAUCUUUGCUUGUCCUUGGCCGGAUGGGUAUAAAUAACCUAGGCGAUCUUUGCGCUUGAAUGAAUUUCGAGAAACAGUUGCUGCGCACAAUGCAGACGGCUACAGUAGAAAACAGGCAGAAAACUUUCUUAAAGGAGAAGCUUUGGCGGAGCUUGAAGAAGAGGAAGAGGAAUUAGAAAUGGCUCGGGACGUACGAGAGGAUCAUCAGGAAUCAAAAACUGUGGAAGUUUCCGCCGAAUUAUUUGGGGAGGUAAAAGUAUCUGGUCGGGUACAAUUUCGUGAACCUGAGGUAAUUGAGCUUUGAGAAAAUAUUGCAUGGUAGAGUUAGAAGACAAUUUUACACGGUGAAGCGAAGAUUUGAGACACAUAAUACGGGGUGAUUUUGUUAUCCGUAACUUAACAACCGAAAAUCAGGGGGAAGAAAAAGGAGAAAGACACUUUUACAUCGAAAAUAAUUUGCAAAAAAAACGAAAUCCACUUUUGAUACACAGGGAUUAUGAUUCCUUUCGCGAUGAUUUAUUGACAAUACAAGUGCCGACCAAUCGAAGAGGGAUCGCAACAAUUUCCCUAACAAAUCGCACUAUCGACGUACUAUACGUUUACGUACCCAUGAUUUUUUUUACUCCUCACUGCGAGACCAAUUUUGUUUCGUCACAAUUAGUGAAAAAAAUAAAAAAUAAGUGCAUGCCAGUUCACAAUUUACAACGCAUGUGCAUAUGAAUGAUUGUACUUCUAAUUACAUGUAUCUAGCGUAGCGGAUAUGAUUGUGUAAUAGUUAGUACGCGAAUAGUUUAAUUAAUUGAUUAGUUUGGUUGAUUAUUCAUUAAUUUGGAACAAGCCGAUUCCCGGAUCAGUCCAUGAGUAAAACACGUAACAAGAAAAUAGCCGUGCAAAAUAUCAAAAUACCAGAUAAUUGACCGGUAAUUAUCAUGUCGCAUCGUUAUACGUGUAGUGUGUAUACACAUGGAUAGAAAUUGGAAACCUUAAAAGUAAUGCUGUUCAAGUAUCAGAGAUAAGGUAUUUCGUUUAUUUCUAAUCAAUCGAUGAUACGACUGGGAUAAUUCUCCCGCAGAAGAAUUAUGUGUACAGGUGCUUCGGCUGGUAUUUUCGUGGCUGCCGGUGGUUUUUUCUAAAUUUUUUCAUAUUCCUCAAUUCAUACAUACUAAAACUAAACUAUCAAAUAUAUCGCAAAAAUCAAAUCUGGACAUGUGGAAUCAUACGUAUAAUACGUAUGAUUCAUAAUGUAUGUUGAAUACUAGAUAGAACAUCAAUUUCACAUCGAUAUUGCAUUCAUUGUGAAGAGAAAUAAAAGAAAAUAUUACUAGGUUAAAAAAUUAGAAAUUAUAAUUUAUUUUUACAUAGCGCAUAAUGUUACACUGCAUGUAUAUUAGGAAUUAGUAUAGUGUCAGCCUGAAAAACGUAUAGAAUUAAAAAAGAUUAAAGACAGUCAAUUAAAUUAUUAAUCGGUAUGAAUUAACGAACAUAAUUAAUCUACAGGCAAAACUGUAUACAUAUAUCAAAGCAAAAAUUCAUAUAAUCGAAACCCUGAUAAUUACGUCGAAGUUAGUUCGACAAAACUCGCCUAACUAUAAAAUAACUAAGUAGGUAAAAUUCCAGUAGGGACCUGACCAAACCGUCUAUACAAAUAUGUAAUAGUAAUAUGUAUUAAUAAUAAUAAUAAUAAUAACAAUAAUAGUAAUAAUAGUGAUAACAAUAUUAUUAAUAAUAAUAUACACCUGCUAUAAAUUAUAUACACAUUAUGUGAAUAUACAAUUAUUAUUUAUAAAAUAAAUGUGUGCAAGUAAAUGCGGACGAAUUAGAUCUGGUGUAUUUGAAUAGGUUGGUUGGUUGGCACGUUAUCCAUGCCGGAUGGAUAAUAAUCAUCGAAAUUUUCUUUUCUAUUUCACGUUGCAAUCUAGAUACGAGAAGACCAGGGAACCAUUCAUUGCGCGAUGAAAUCUCCGUCGACGUGUCAAUCUUGACUAGUUCUUUUUUUUUCCAAUCAUUAUUGCAACUAUUACAUUACGUCCAUCCAUAAAUUGAUUAUACAUGUAUAUUAUAUACUAUAAUUGCACAUUCGCGCCAGCGCAGUGGUUCGAAAACGGGUCCACAUAAUGUACCUAUACAUACAUAUGGGUAUAUACAUAUGAUAUACAUAAUUACAUAAUAUUUACAUUUACUGUCCACACGAUAUAGAUGAUAUUUAGCGUACAAUAUGAUGACCUGAUGUAAACUUUAAGUCCAAAAAGCUUACGUAGCCUAACAUUCCCACUGUACAAUAUACUUAUACCUAUACAUGUACCGAUCUCACGCUUGAAUAGCACAAAUCAUUUGUAUGGGGUAAUUCUUCAUAGUUAAACAUAAGAUCGAUAAAUUACUGUACGGGACAUCGGGUUCUGGGAACAACAACUCUACUGGUAUAUUUUUGUUAUACCAAAAGAAAAGAGCGAUAUCAGUUGCAUGACAGCUUAUACGUAUUUUAUACAAUUUCAAAAUUUCCCUUCGAUUCGAGGGAGAGAGUUUCAUCUAAGAAGAAGUAGGAAAAAAGAUAAUAAAACAGCAAAGGCGAGAAGAUCAGUAAUUGACGCAUAUUACCUUUACAAAUUUUUGCAAUUUUACCUCGGCUUGUCAUUACAUCUAACUAUAACUGUACCGACGUAUCAUUAUUAUUUUUUGCACGCAUUGCUUCUGAGAUCCUAUAAACGAUAUUUCUUUAGGGACCAUGAUGUUCAUUGAAAAGGCACAACGAAAAUUUAGGUAAAAAACUAAAAACUGAAAGAAAAAUUAUUUAAACAGAAAUAGAAAUCUAUGUACGUUCAAUUUCAAAUAGUUUUAGAUGUUCAUAAUUAUUAACAACGUAAUAGCUAAUCGUUUAGUUCGGUGGUCGUGGUCAGUAAUUAAUCAAGUAUGUGUAACAUGACGUGUCGUUGUUAUUAAAUUGACGAUAUGGCUUAUUGGAAUAGGUGCUAAUGUCUGUAGAUGAUUAAUAUUAUUAUCAUGUUGUUGUUAUUAAUUUUCGUCAUUAUGAUUAUACAUUCACAGAUAAUAUAUAUAUAUGUAUAUAUGUAUAUAUAUAUAUAUACCAUGUAUAUGUAUAUAUAUAUUAUAUUAUAUAGUGGUAAUAUGUAUCAGAUUAUUAUACAUACGAUCGAGCAGUCGGUAGAGCAUUUAUUUAUUUUUAUACGAAUCGUACGGUUGUUUCUCGCGUUGUACGCACCUUCGUAGAAAACGAUCCCGAUAUAAUUAAUUUUGGGAAGAUUUUUAUCCAAUCUUUAUGAUUAUCGAUAGGUAUGUACGUUGAAUAUCAACGAUAGAUAUCCUCCGCUAGAUUUCGAUCGGUUCGGAAAAAAUGAAUAUACAUGUACAUAAAAAUCUUGUCGCUGAUAACUGAACUUCUACAUGAUUCUAUUCCUAUAAAAUGGAUCGACGAUACAAUAGAUAGAAAAUAGACAUAAUAGUACGAUAUGAAUUAGUUACGUUCUCUUUAUACCUGCCCAUUUGAAUUGUAAUACCUCUUGAAUACAUACGACAAUUAGUUAUUUUUCGGAACGAACACCAAAUAUACAAUCUCGAAUAUACAUGUAAAACAUCUAAUGAUAUCGUUCUUACAAGAUUUUUGCCCGACGUUUAUUGUAUUACAUAUAUUAUAAUAGAAAUACCAGAUAUAUCGAUAGCAUAGAUCAUACGAUAAUUAAUAUAACAAGCUAUCCGGAGUUGGCUCAUGCUGGUUAUCAUAAAUAAUAGAUGCGUACGUGUGUAUUGUUUAUAAAUAUCAAUAAACCAAUGUAUUGUCGUA